UGACCGUUUUUGCUUCUGCUGUGCCGACAUAAAUCAUGACAAUCGUCGGUGUCGGUGCGAGCUGUCAUUAAAAGAAUGACCGCACGCAAGCGUUGUUUAUGCAUUCGCUGGUCAGUAGACUCGCUUUUGUUCUACAAAUUAAUGUUUCUUGCUAACGGCGAAUAUACACGUCGAUGUGCCAGCACUCUGCUUGAAAGCGAGCGUAGGUACUUCUUCCAUUUGGAAAUAACCUCUUGAAGGAUAACAUACACUUCGAAGUGCACCUCGGCAUCAAAAUGGGUUUCGCAUCGCUGGCAUUCCUGAUAAGUGCGUUAUUAUCCUACGUAUCCGCACAGCAGGCGUGCGGAUCCAAUGGAGUAGCAUGUAUUGGACUGCCGAAUAACUGCAUCAGCGGUGCGGAUACCUCCAAAUGCGAUCUAUUCGCCAAGGUCUACAUUAGCCCGGCGUCCAGCUAUUCCGUCCGUAUUGAACUGACGGCUGUGCCGAAUGGUCCGCAGAAAUUGGGAAAUCCGUCCUCCAUUGUUAGCCGAUGGAUCGCGGUCGGCUUUUCUCCAAAUGGAACUAUGCCAAACGCAGCGGCGGUGCACUGUUUCGAAUUGAACGGACAAGCGUCAGCCAAACUGACAUGGAAUAUUCCUGAUGGCAAGGUCAACAUUGGUUAUGCUACCAUUGACCAAUCACCGCUGAGCGUUGUGAAGACUUCUUUGGAUGGAUACGGACUUCAGUGCACCGUUGAUUUGAAGAAACAAUUCACCAUUGCCGGUGUAAACGUGGAUCUCUCGCAAAAAUACUUCCUUAUCGAUGCUACUGGCCCUGUACAAAGCAAUGGCACUAUGAGUGUGCAUGAUAAACCACCUGGAUCAAGUGCACCGAAUAACUUCUCGUUUUAAUUUCCUGCAAUAACCUGCUGGAUACUGGAGUAGAUAUACGAAGUGUGUAAUUUUUUUAAUACGAUGAUGUACUGGGUAUGAUUGCUGCUUUGAAUUUAAGUUUAUCACUGUGGAUUUAAUUGCCGAUGUUUAAAAAAAUAUAAAACCGUUCGGAGUGA